AUGGAAGUGGAUAUGCAUAGCGUAGUUUCAAUCAGUGCAAUGUUACUCUUCCGAAAUGAAAUUUCGCACUUGAAUCGUGAAGUCUUAAAUUACUUCCUUUAUGGGACUGGAUUGUUUAUCGUCUUAAAGGAGAAAAACCAUGAUUGUAAGAGCUGUUCAGAAAAACAUUUUGCUUCACACCAGGAGAAUAACGGAGAACAGCUAGCUAUUACAACUGCUAAAACAACUUGCCUUGCACAAUUUUCCUGCAGGGAUCAUAUAUUAAGAGGCAGUUGUUUGCUUAGUAUUGAAAACUUCUCAGUCUUGGAGCAAAAUUUCGAGCGAAUAACAAAAAGUCCAGGUGAUCUUCUUCUUUUAGCUCAUAAGCGAACCAAGACAAAGCAAAUAAGAAGAAAGAAUAAAGAGAUGGCACCACCAACAUCGCGUAAGCAAAGCAUUGUUGAGGCUGCCGAGAAAACUUUUGACAAGAAUACGAUGAUCCUGAUUGUUAAUCUUCUGAUACUUGUUGUUUUGAUGGGUUUGCUAUAUAUGGUAGCAACCUCCGCAAUGGCAACAUCUGCAAGAGAUGAGCAUUAA